CUCGUGUUUGUGAACUCGACGUCGGACCACACGACAGCCACUCAUUCAGCAUUGGACCACGCUCACUCGUUCCGUUUGCACCACCCAAACCGCGCCACGUACGCAGCACUGCCACCAAAAUCCAGGAACCGACGACUUCGCCAAUUGCUGGACUGGACUGGACUGGACUGGACUGGAGAAGGCUGUGGCCAAGGCCGCAUUGCUGUGCAGGAACACGGCAUCACAGAAACACGCGCGGGGCCUUUGCAGCGGCAGCACUGCACAAGCAUCGGCAGAGCAGAGCUCGAGAACGACGCUGCAGCUUGCCCGCAGCUGCAUCACCGCAGUGCACCGACUUUCUGCUAAUCAACUGGCGGCCACACGUCCUUGACGGAAGCGUGCACCACCAAACCCGCAUCGCACGUUCGCCACGCCAACCAUACGAAAACACCAUCCGCGCCUGCAUGCGCCGCGCCGCGCCAGCUGCAACGACCCUUACGCCGCACCUGCUCGAAUCCCCGCACGCCUCCGUUGCCUUGCUCGUAACAUGAGUCGACCUUACUACGACCUUGGCCAUGGCGGUGGCAUACCCGACUAUUACGCCUCUGCCUCUGACCACCCCCCGCUGCAGCAGAGUCGCAUACCUCGUCCGCACGAUCGCAUGCGCCAGCAGCCAUCCAUGACCCACCCCAACUAUCCGGCUGCUCAUAACGCUCGUAGUCCACGAAGGCCUCACGAACCUCAGCUUCAGCAAAAUUAUCUCAACUCGAACAGCAACGCAUGGGAGAUCUCUCAGAAUAUGUACGACGGGUCUGCUUACGACUACCAAGAGGUUGAUACUCGCAACGACCAAUGGCCGCUUCCUGCUCAACCUCAUGCAUCUUCUUCGCCUGCGCGCGGAAGCCCGAGACGGCCGCCGCAAAGACCUCAGAGACCCGAUGAGCAACCUCAGCGGCCCCACUAUCCGCAAGCCAUCCUAGACCAGCCACGAAGUCAUUAUGUAGCUUCACCAGCUCGACAGUAUCGCCAACCAGCACCUCCGCCGGCAUCGCAUCAUGGGACUGGUCAAUGGAAUGGCGAAGGCUACAGCUAUGCCGCACCUCCACCAAAUUUCCCACCUCCGAGCAGACCACUGCCUCAGUCGCAGACGCCUUCGUCCAUCCCCACAUACGCAGCACCGCAAGCGCCCCAGCAGGCUGUAUAUGGGCGCGCAAAUCAAAGACCACCGCUUGGGCCGCCGCCGUCUGCACGACGAGGUCCUUCAUCUUACUACCCUCAAGUAGCUCCCGUGAUGCCAAUCGCAGAGGAGACAGACAGCAUGCGAGGAAGCAGUUUACGAACUGGCAGCGUGCACACGGGAGCUCACGACAGCAAGACAUCGUUCGCCAGCAGCAAUGCGAUUCCCAUUGGAAUCUCCCAGCUUCAUCUUGAGCGCGGCCGAGAAGCAGGUCAUCAGCCACUACAGCGCCCAGAUUUGCUAUCAGAAUCCGACGAAGACGAAGACUUUGACGAUUCGCCGACAGAACCGGCCAUCGCUCGAGGAGAGAUCCGAACACCAGACCCACAUCAACAGUAUCGAGAAAAUUCGAGUCCCGAAGUAACAGUCGUUCGGCAAGCCAGUCUUGGCAAGAAGAGCAAACCAACUUUGACUACGGUAACGAGUAGCGACAGAGUUCGCAAAAGCAGCGGAAGUAUAGCCGGUGACCCUAAGAGUGGCAUCGCGAGUCUUCCGAGCCAGCAACCAACAGUACCAGAAACAGUAAGCACUCCCGAAAGGACAGAACGAUCAAGAGCUCUAGCCCAGGAGAGACUUGAGGGACAGACGCGGCCAGGUGCUGCCACCGAACCAAUUCAGAAGGAUAACCAGAUCGCUGCUCCCGCGGUAGCUGUCUCCACUGCGGCAGGCUACAUGCAGCAGCCCGAGUCAAAACCGACCUCCGGAAAGCAGACUCCAGAAGAAGUCUUGCGAUCUGGCACGGGACUUAUCGAUGCUUCUGACUCUUCUGAGUCUGAGGGUAACGAGCUGCGCAGGAAGCGAUCGAAAGAUCUUCUUGGUGCCGAGCUUGCAAAUCAGCUUCAUCCCGUACGCUCACAGCCACGUUCGCCUCUUGCGCCAGCUGUCGAUCCUCGUGUGGAGUCAAUCAUUGGCAGUCUUGAGAAAGGAGGCGCGCUCAGUGCACAGGAAGCCCAAGAGCUUAAGCAGCCCAUGGGCGGACUCUCAGCAGAUCGUGCUGGCAAGCGUCGACCACCGCGCAUUAAUGUGGACGCGGUGCGAGAUGCUGAAGCACGCGGCUCGCUGACCAGCUUACCGGACCUCAUCCGUAGAGCGACGAAACUCGCCUCAAACUUGGAUCGCGGCAAGACCGCAAGUCGGCUGGGUAUGAACUGGCUGGAUGGUGCAGCAGACGGCGAGAAGAGGCGGUCUGGAAGUAUGUCUGACGUCCUUGCCUUCCCGCCACCUGCCCUCGCCACACCACCUGAAUCGCGAAACGGUCGUUGGAGCUCACGCUUUCGUCACUCUCAACUUCCCAGCGAUAGUGACGCUGGUGGAGUAAAGCGGAGGAGAAAAUGCUGCGGCAUGCCGGUCUGGGCGUUUUGGGUACUGAUGGUACUCCUCUUCCUGCUUGUCGCCGCAGCCGUCAUCGUCCCCGUCGUGUUGAUCGUCAUUCCCAAACAGAACGACAACACAUCGACAAAGGUUGGAGCUUGCGAACAGAAAUUGACUUGUAAUAAUGGUGGGACUAAUAUUCUCAGCAGUAGCGGGUACUGUGAGUGUCUCUGUAUCAAUGGGUAUACUGGUCUCACCUGCUCGGUGUUCUCAGAUGCUGGUUGUACACGCACGUCGGUCGGAUCAUCGGACAAUGCGACAGUCGGCGACGCUAUACCAAGAUUAAUCAGCGGAGCCGAGUCCAACUUCAGCAUACCACUCGACGCGCAGGAAUUGCUCGGACUCUUCUCAAGCUCAGACAUGGAUUGCAGUCUCCAAAACAACCUCGUCACAUUCAACAGCAAGAGUCAGAAGCGAGCAUUCCUUGACACACUGCCGGGCUCUGCUUCCCUGAGAGCCAUCAAUCGGAGGCAAGACGGCGACUCGCCGAGCAGCAGCGCUGCCGCGACGAGCCAUGGUAUUGUGUAUGCUUCGGGAACACCCACAGCGACCGCUACAGCGACCUCUACAAGCAGCACUGAUAGCAAGACGCUCGAUUUCGCGAGAGUGGCGGUAUUGUAUAUCUUUCAGUCUUCGCAGGAACUUACUAUUGCCGCGGAUGCGCAAGAAAAUCUACAAGCAUUUCUUCGGACUGGAAGCACCUCCUCGAGCGUCAGCACCAGGGCUGAUAACGUCACGCUAGGGAAUGGCUUCACUGCAGAUUUGACCUCCUACACCAUCAGCGUCGGGAACGGGACGACAGUCGGCGGGACCGGAAACAACGACAGUAGCAGCUGAAACGACUAGCACGCAGCAUCAUCUUCUGCGGCCUGAUCUUUUACCAAGAUGUUGUAAAGCAUCUCAUUUUUCACUUCGAGUGGUCUGCGUUCGAGCGUCAAUUCGACCAGCAAGAUACGGCAUUUGUGUGUACAUUAUUAGCGUUUUGGCACCAGUAAAAGAGGGAGAUGGCAUAGGUGGAGGCGUUUUAAUGCUGGUGCGGCUUGGAAGAUUUGGGAGUGUUGUGUGUGUACAGCUCAUGUUGCAACGCACGUUACGGUCAGGAUAAUGUAUUGAAUGAUACACUGAAGAGUACAUGGAGCUUCACGCAGGGCGAGCUGAAGCUAGUAUGAGUGCGAGAGGAGGGAAGGUGUGAGUCCAUCAGAUGGGGUCGAGCAGAGAUGAAAUGAAUGAAUGGAAACAGUUCCG